UUGAAUCGGAUGCCAAGUAGUGGCGAAGUGGGAUGCUUUGGUGCUCGCUUUGGCUGGGACACACGGGCUGCUGGAAUGGCUUGGAGGAUGAGUGCAGUGCCCACACAGCCGCCCCUUGCCAUUGCACUCAUUUGCUCUUCGGGCAGUAACAACCCACAGCUUUCCAUGAAAAGUCUGCUGCGCUGAAAACUUUCCCCAACCGCCACUGGCCGAUCCCCACCCCCUCUGCCCUCUCCUGGUUCCCUGGCCGCCGGAGGAAGUGACAGUUUACUGCGAGGAGACCUUCUAUCCUGAUCCUGCUGUGACCGGUAAUGCAACUCGACCACUUGCUCUCCUAUCGGCUCUUAAAGGGGACAGCACGCCCAAUUUGUAGAAUUAGAAUCAACUUUUCUGUUCCUGGACAUGCUUACUUAAAACAAUAUUUAAGAUGGCCUUUGAUUUAUCAACUGUUGUCCAGCCGGACAUGCUGCAGAACAUUGAUAAUCGGACAGUGGACACUGGUCAAGAUGACCCGUUUGAUGGCUUCUGUAGCUUGGAAAGUGAACGGCAUUAUGAUGUGGUUCCUACAGUUGUGUGCUCUCUGUGCUGCCUCUUUGGGCUGGUAUACACCUUUUUUGGCUAUCGAUGUUUCAAAGCCAUUAUGUUUUUAUCUGGUCUGCUGGCUGGUUCGGCAGUCAUAUUUUUACUUUGCUAUAAGGAGCGGAUCAUGGACACACAGCUGAGCCUAGAACUCAGUGCAGGCAUAGCUUUGGGCAUUGGCCUCCUCUGUGGACUUGUCACUAUGCUUGUGCACAGUGUGGGUCUCUUCAUGACAGGACUUUUGCUGGGACUUCUGCUUGCCAUUGCCUCCUUAGUAGGCCUUGAACAGUUUUAUCACCCUCCCAGUGCAUGGAUUCCAGUGGGGCUGAUGAUGGGUUCUGCUAUGCUCUUUGCUGUACUGACUCUUCAAUGGCAAAAGCUUUUCACAGUGGUUUCUACUGCAACAUUUGGGGCAGCAAUCUUGACUGUGUGUACAGAUUACUUCAUAGAGCUGAUGCUGCUGGUACAGUAUGUGUACGACCGCCUUCGCUUAGAGACCUCUCACCCCCUCUGCUGGUAUAGCUGGGUUAUCCUGGGCAUGUGGCCAGUGCUGAGUGUCUUGGGAAUCGUAGUUCAGUGGAAGCUGACAGCUGAGGGAUUCUCUCAUACUGAUGUUAUAAUAAGUAGACGUCAGAAACGCCUCCAGCUCUUGCGAAUUCGGCAGAAGGAUGCCAAAAAACGGCAAAAUGUUGCUUCUCAAGAAGGCACUUACCGUCGAAAAGCCAACCCUAUGAAAAGAUAUACUGGAGAUAUCCUUGCGCCGAGUUACCUGCAGAGCCUGAGAGAGCGCCAGACGGGCACGGGCACAUCCAUGAGCAGCCUGAGCACAAACAUGCAGACCAUUGUAGAUAUGGACUACGAAUGUGGUUCUACUGUGCCACUCACUGCCACUACCCCUGUCAUCCAUGUUUAAGGCGACGCGUUUGCCGAUGACCCUUUGCCACUGGAAGCCACUUGUGUCAGUGACAAUUUGCAGGACUGCACUCUUUAUUCUGUGCCUUAAACAAUUCUACCUGUGUUUUUGUGUGCCACAAAUGCCACUGCUGGUACAUCAGUUUGGGACUGUAAACUGUUAUUUCCAGGUCUGGAUCCUUGUGCUGUAUAUGGUAGGUAUUCAGAUGAGUUAGCUGGGGGCCGGUGGUGGUGUCUUUCAUGGUGCUAAAUCGGAGGAAGUUUUAUUGGAAUGUUGGAAUGACUACAUGCCCUUUAGUAUAGUGCACAUAUUUGUAAUGCUCUGCAUCGUUAAUGGAACAGUAAAUAUAAAACAUGAUUGUGUGCACACGUGUGAUCACAUAUACGUGAUAUAAAAUACGCUGAACGACAUACAUAGAACAUAGUAGUGGCUGUGCAGAUUAACCCUUUCUGUGCCUUAGCUUGAGAAAAUCUAGUGCUGGCACUCAGGGUUGCAGGUUAAUCAGUGCAGGCACACAACAGGUUAAGCCUAAACCAGUUUUUUUUGUGAGGAUAAAAACAACAUAAUAAGGUGCAGAGAAUUGCAAAAAUCAUCAUGAAAUCUGUUAAUACAACCAGCCUUGCAGAACUAGCGUUGCUUUGCCUGAUUUGGCUGCUGAUGUGCUGGGCCAACAAAGGCUGAUUAUUUGGCCUUACAGUUAACAAUCUGAUCCUAAUACAGGCCUGUGUAGUCAUGCCAGGCAAGGACCAAAUCAAUGCCAGGGGCAUAACUACAGAAGCAGACCGUGUGGUUGCAGGGGGGCAGUAAGGCUCUAAAUAAUGAGCAAUGUCAAUAUAGCUUGGCAGAAUAGGUCAACUUACCAAUGUUUUGGGGCCCUAAAUUGAAUUUGCUGUGGGGCCCAGUAACAUAUAGUUACACCACUGAUUAAUGCUCAGUUCUCACCCAACGGGAUUUUCUAUCCUGGCUAAUUUUCUGCCAAAUAUCAAUCGGGAGGCCCCAGUACACAGAUCAGUUCACUACUGACUCCGCAGCUUUUAUUGGCCUGUGUAUGGCACCUUUACAGGAAUAGUCACAAAGGUAAUAUAUAUCCUCUAGUUUGCUCCCAUAUACAUAUAGUUUGCUUUUAAAAACUCAAAAGCUGCUGUGCACAUCCUAGUGUACACACAAAAUGGAGAUACUUCACACUGGAACCCUCAGAAUUGUGGCAUGCUAUGUAUUUGCAUCUCGUAAGUGCAUUAAAAAAUAUCUGUGGGCAAGACUGGGUUAUAGCGUGUAUUUUAUUAUAUGCUUUAUAGUCACCCUAUUGUUCCCAUCACCCCCCUGGGCUCAACAAUUGUACUUACUUUGACUCACACACAGGCUAACGUUUAGGAUAUCUGAUAACCCCAUGGGCUUACUGGUCUGAUGUAUAUAUUAGCCACAGAUGCCCCUAUUACACUGACUGGAGAAAUGUACUUACCAGCCAUUCUGUGGACAUGUCCGCUUAGUGCUAAGAUGGCACCAUACACAUGCUGAGUGCUGCCAAUCAGAGGCCAACUUGCUUUUCUCAGCUGUGGAUUAGUGAUUGUACAGUUUGCUAUGACUUUAUUGUAUAAAGUGUUGCCAGUUACAAUGCCCCACAAAGCAAAUGGUAUAGUCGUUACAUAGAAUUCUGUUCUCCACCAGAGGUUUUAAAAUAAAACAUUUUUGUUUUGGUUCUUUUAA